AUGCCAAGUGCUAUACAAUAUUUUUCUGAUUUAGAUUCAUUACAUCAUGUUUCAAACAAUUUUCUAAGACCAUAAUCAGCUGUUUCACUAUAUUAGAAUAAAAAGAUUAGUAGCUCAACUAUGGUGGAUAAUAAAUAAGUUAGUGACACAAGAUUAACUGAUCCACGUUAAACACCAAGAUAUAUAAAGAAAGAUAAAGAAGAAUUGUAUUAAGAAUUGUUACAAUUAUAAUAAAAAUAUAAUUAAUGUAAUGAAGAAAAUACUAAAUUAAAAACUUAAAUUUCAUCAUUAGAAAAAUAAGUUAUUCAUUUAACAGAUUUAGUUAGAAAUGUUGAAAUGUUUUGUAAUAAGAAAACUAGUCAUUUCAAUGUAUUUUAGUUAAAAAAACAAAUUCAGGAUCUUAAAACUAUUCUUAAAACAAAAGAAUAAGAAUUAGAAUAAUUAAAAUAAAAUGUUAAAACUACCAAAAUAGAUGAAAUUAGAAUAGAAUUAUAAGAAUCUCAUAUAGAAUGUUUAAGAUUAAGAACAAUGCUUGAUCAAUAAUUAAGAUAAUAAGUAUUAUUUAAUUAUAAUGAUCAUACAUUAAUUGAAGAAAAAUUAUAUAUAUAAAGUUAAAUGAUGAAUUAAUUAAAAACAGAAAAUGAUUAAAUGACAGGAUUACUUAAAAUUCAAGAAGAAGAAACAUAUUAUUAUAAAAAUUUGUUAGCUGAAACUUUAAAAACAGUAAGAAGAUAUGAAGAAACAAUAGAAGAUUUACAUAAGAAUCUAAAAGGUAAAAAUUAAUUUAUGGAUAAAUUGGCUUAAAAAAUAGAAGCAUUAAAAAAUACUAAUAAUGGAUUAGCAGAUAAAGUAGUAAAAGUUGAAGAUUUAAAAGAAGAGAUUAGAAUUUUAAAAUGUACAAUAGAAGAUUAAAAUAAAUAAAUUAAAAGUGUUUUAUCUGAUAAUGAAUAUCUAAAAGGAAUGGUUCAUGAAUUAAAAAUUAAAAAUAAUGAAAAAUCAGAAAUAUAAGCAAAAGAAAAAAAAGCAUUAUAAGAUUAGAUUGCAAAAAUAUCAAAUUAAUAUGAUCUUUUAGAUGAUAAAUACAAAAAUCUAUUAUUAAUUUAAGUUUAAGCUAAAAAUAAAGAAACUGCUUAAUCUUCAUUGAUUCAUAAAAAAGAAUAAACUGUUGGUUUAACUCUUAAAAAUAACAAUGAUAGUUUUUAAUAACAAUAAACAUAUGUCCCAAAAAAAUUAAGAGCAAUAAAAAUGAAUGAUGUUUUACAUAUUGGAGAAGAAUUAAAUUAUAGAUUUAGAAUAAAAAAAAUAAUAUUAAUUGAUGUUAUAGAAUAAUUUCUAUUUGAUGAUGAUAAUAAAAAAGAAAAAAAAGUUAGUAUCAAAUAAUUACAAAAAAGAUUCGAAAAAGAACCAUUUAUGUUAUUUGAAUAAGAUAAAGCAUUAAUGUUUGCUCGUUUUUUAAUAGAAGAUAAUUCCUAAGAAUUUGUUGAAUUUAAUAUUGAACUUACAGAAACCUUAGAAAGAGUUAAAAGUAUUUUUACUAAGAUAAUUGGUAAUUAUAGAAUCUUUACUGCUGAAGAAGAAAUGAAACAUAAAGAAGAUAUUACUAAACUUAUUAUCAAAUAUAAAAAUUCUCUAAAAUAACAUUUUGAUUCUCUUCAAAGUAAUAAUGGUGAAUUAACUAAAAGAUAAAUAUUAGAAACAUUUAUUUUUAUGGAUAUAGAUAUUAAUAAUAAUUAACUUGAAUACUUUUUCUUAAAACUAUUUGUUUUUUCAAAUAAAAUUGAUAGAUUUCCAUAUUAAAAGAUUUUUGAAAUAUUCUAAUAGACUUAAACCACAUCAAGUAUUAUAAAAUAUUUCAUUAUUUUAGCUCCUCAUUUAUAAAGAAAAGAAACUCAAAGAAAAAAAGCAAACACUGAAUCUAAUAAGCAACCUGUCUAUGUAACUAAAAGUCUAUUCAAACCAGUUGAAGCUACUAAUCUAUAAUAAGUUUGAAUUAUUGUUUUAAUAUCAAAAUUAAUUAUUUUAAAUAUUCAUUUAUAAUGUAUUUCAGACAUCACUGCCUAGAAUGUGGUACAAAUUAUAUUAAUUAAGGACGCUAUUUUGAUUGAUCCAUGGGUAUGUAUAAUGAAUGCAAUAUAUUUAUGUGAAAAUUGUGCUAUGAUUUUAUCAACUGAACCUGGAGUUACUAAUAUUAAAAAAUACUCAUAGCUAAAUGAAGAGGAAAGAGAAAGAAUGUAGAAAGGUGGAAAUGAAAAAUUUUAAUUAAAUGUUACUAAUGUUAAUGAUAAAUUUCAUACUCAUAAAGCAUUAUAAUAUAGAUUUGAAGUAUCUAAUGAACUAUGAUAGUUAGCAUUAGGUUUAAGUGAAUUUGAUUCAGACAUCAGCACUAAUUAUGCAAGUCCAAAUAAAUCACUUAGUUAUUACCCUGAACAAAAAAAAAGAUUAACUAAAGCUUUGGAAUUAGAGGGAAUUGAAUAGGAUAUAGAAUGGAUACAAAUUCAAUAUUAAAUUUUAACAAGAGAUUUAAAGAAAAAAAUUGAUAAGAACUUUUAUUUGACUAAAUUGGAAGAGAUAGGAAAAAAAUUGGUUGAAAAAUAAAAGUAGAAAUAAGUUCAAAAAAAAUAAACAUCCAAUUAAAAUGAUGUUUUUUCAUCAUUUUCUGCCUUAUUGAAGAAAUAGACUUGA